UAUUCAUGUCUUAUUUUCAACUCAAUUGAAGGCUGUGUAUACCCCAACUACAUGCCACCCCGUUCCGUGUCUGAUGAUUCUCUAUAUGCACAUCGUUUGGGACGACUCCUCGGAACGGCAAGCGCCAACAUCGAACGCAUCUAUAGGGCCCAGGUUGAAGCCGGUGAAAAAGACGAUAGUACAGCUGAAUCCAGCGACGUCGAAUUAUCUAGUGAGCCAGAGGACUGUAUUAUUGUUGCAUCGAGGCGUUGUUGAAAAAAGGGAUAGAUCCAGG